GAACUAGCCAAUGGAGAUGUGCCUUGGCUUCAGUGUAGGUGAGCAGCUAUGGUGGACAAUAUAAGCGAAGGAUAGCGGUCUGAGCGUGAAGUGUGGCGGCGAGUACUGUGUGAGAAGCUGUUGUGGCGUUCGCACUUUGUUUGGGCUCUAUCAGCAUUCCUCUCGCAGACGCAGAGCAGCCGCUACCGACCGGAGCAGAUUCCAGCACCAAAUCACCACCGUCGGACAAAAUGGCAUCAGCAGACAACGAAUCUACAGAAAUCAGGUGCCAAGAGAGGUCGAAGGGUGGUCUGGCUUAUGAAGUUAUAUUAGCUGACCCUGUUACGGAUACACCCCCAAAAAGACCAACUUCUCCCAAGAGCACAUCUGCUGAAAACAUAGAGGAGAAGUUAAAAGCAGCUGAGGAAAGGAGAAUGUCUUUAGAAGCAAAUAAAAUGGCUGCCUUGGCAGCUAAAAUGUCGAAGAUUGAAGAAGCAUCAAGGAAGAAAGAUGAACAAGCAAACACAUUCAUUCUACAGACACGGGAAGCACUGGAACAGAAAAUGGAAACUCACGUUGAAAAGAGAGAGGCUUACAUAAACGAUCUCAAAGCAAAGCUUAAAGAUCAUUUGGAGAGUGUGGAGAAAACAAGACUGAGUCUGGAGCAACAGACAAACGAAGUUAAGUCAGCUGUAGAAGAGAAACUAAAGACUGCAGCAGCACAGAGGGAUGAGAACAUCAAGAAAAUGUUGGAGAGGCUUAGGGAGCAUGAGGACCAUGUAGAACGAGUGCGCAAUGGUAUGCAGGAGAAAAUAACUCAGCUUGAAAGUCAGAUCCAGCAAAAGUUAGAUCUGGCACAACAGAGACGUGAGGAAAUGGAAAGAGAACAGCUGGAGAAACUGCGUAAUCACAAUCUUGUGAAGCUUGCGGAGGUUCAACAAGUAAACGAGAAUCAAGGCAAGAAGGUGCAGGAGAGACUAAAGGAACGUCUAGAAAUAGCAGAGUUAAACCGUGAAAAGGAGAUACAAAAGAAGCUUGAAAUCGUCAGAGAAAAUGAACGCAGAGCAGAAAUGGUUCGGCAGAAUAAGGAGCGACUGAGCAGCCAGUCUGAGGAACAGCACACUGCUUCCUCUGGCUAGUUGGCCUUCACACACAGCCUGCCCAGCUCCCUCUUCCCCGCCGAAUCAGCAACAGACAAGCUUUCGUCUCGUUCAUUGAGCCGCUUCAUAUAAGAAAUAAAUACGUUGUGGACACUUCAUUUAAAAUGAUAUAGUUAAAUGGUGAUAAAAAUGUCGAUUUCCAGCCAUAACUUCCCUCUAAAUGUUUGUCUACUUUUAUGUGUAGUUCAUUGUUCAAAAAUUUCAAAAUAGCAGUGUAAUAAUCUAAACUUAGCUUCAUGUGUAAUGGUAAUGAAAAUACAUUGUUGCUUUCCUUGUUUUUAUGAAAAAGGCAACAAGCGGCACCAUGAGCGAUCUCAUAUAGGGAGAAGAUGGUGGCAAUCAAAUUGCUGGUCCUGCGGAUUAAAUGUUGAAAAUUCACUGCCUUUUUUCACCUCCUUGUAUAAUGAAAAGGGGCCAUUCCAGAGCAGCAGAUGAUAAAGCAUAUUUGGAGUUUAGUGAGAUUAAAUGUUGAACUCCCGCUUUUGAGGUUAACCUGUAAGGUCCCAAGAUAAUCAGUGAGUGGCCUACAUUUGCGUAACUGUGAAUUCGUACAGUUUUUCUGUUUAUAAAUAUUUACUCACCUAGCAUCAUUGCAAAUAAGUGUUGUAUUGCUUAAAUCUGCGAAAAUUUAUAUUCAAAGCCACAUAUGAGAGUGAGAGAGAGUAAUAAAAUAAGUAAAGCACGAGCUAGCUUCUGUGAUGAUUUUAUGCUGAAGGAAAAGCAUUUGACAAAUAACUAAACAAUCAUGGAGAUUUUAUUCUCUUAGCCCUAUUCAAAAUAAUUUUUCUGUAAUUAUUUUGACUAUUCAGCAGUAUAAUUUAUGUGCGUGUAUUAAUUUAAAUUUUUCAAAAUCUGACUCCAAAGAGAGAAUGUUAGUAGUCAUAACACCAUUACAGAUUGAUACUAGUAAAUGCACAGAGACCACUGCUGCUUUUAAGUGCCAUUAAUGUCUUGGGAAGGCCUCCAAGUUUUCCAUUGGAUGUAGUGUCUAGAAUUUUUGAAAACACACAUUGUAGUAAAGAUUCAAGGAGACUGAUGGUUUUUCAAUCUUCAAAACCUGUCAACUAAUCCAUCCUUUGUACAUUAGUUUAAUCUUUACUGACAAAAAUUAUCACCUUCUAAUAUUGGCCAUUACUAGCUGCCUUGAGAGUUCUUGUCCUUUCUGUAUGAGUGAGGAGGAGGUCAUUCUCAUGGAGUCUGUUUUUGUGUGAUUUCUUCAAAUGUCUAUUUUUGCAUACUGUUUUGUAAUUUUGCCUAGUUUGAAUAUUUGGUUUUUCUAUUAUGAUACAUUUUGUGCUUAGUCUUAGAAACAACUAUUAAAAGCCUGAGCAUUAGGUAUUGUAGUUAGUAAAACUCAAUAAAAAGUUAAAAACAUUA